ACUCGCCAUCGAUCGCCCAUCAGCUGCCACGUUGGCGCUGCGUGCCUAGCUCGGUGACCCUGGCUAACGCUCGUCCAAGAACUCACCGCGGCGCUCUCCUCGCUGGAGAAGAUCGCGUGGGUGCGCCUCAGCGAUGACACGGCGCGCUUCACAGUCAUCCCGGACAUGGGAUCCCAGGUCUGGGCGUACGUUUACCCCCCGUUCCCAGGUACCACAACCGGCCUCAUUAACACUAUGCCAUCGGCGCCCUUCCAGCUCCCUGGCCAUGGACUUCAUCUUCGAAGGCUUUCAUAUCCAAUCCGCCGAGGCCGGCAACACCAUCAACCUCGAGCUGCCGCUGCAGCCGCUACAACGCGCCCUCAAGUCCGCCCUCAACAGCAUAUCCGCCACGCUGCGCCUCACCAAGAAAGACGGCCUCCCUAUUCUCUCCAUGACCAUCACCACCACCACUUCUAAUGCCGCACCUGGCACCAGGUCUUCCGCCGCCGCUGCUGCCGCCGCCGCCGCCACCUCUGUGGGUGAUGAUCCGUUCGGCGAUGAUGACGACGGCAUCUUCCAGCAGGAGCACCUCGAGACAUCCCUCAGGCGUGAGCACGAAAAGAUCAUUACGCAGGACAUUCCCGUGCGCGUACUCCACCCGGAGACGGUGGAGAUGAUCAUGCAGCCCAAGGUCAGGGAGCCCGACGUGCACAUCCAGCUGCCCCCGCUGCUGCAGCUCAAGGCCAUCUCGGACCGCUUCACCAAGCUGGCCCUCGCCUCAGGCAGCGCCCAAAAGUCGCCCAAGCUCGAACUCAGCGCCAACAUGCACGGGGGCCUGCGCCUGCGCAUCGCCACCGACACUACUGACAUCUGCAGCGUCUGGUCUGACCUCGAGAACCCGGAGCUCGACCCCGCGCAGCUCGAGGGCCCCGUUGAGGAGCAUCCCAGCACAAAGUUCCGCGAGGAGGGGCCCAACCGCUGGGCCACGGUGCGCGUCGACGGCAAGGACUGGAGCAGGGUCCUCAGCGUGGGCAGGUUGGAGGGCAGGGUCAUUGCGUGCUUUGCCGACGACCACGCUUUGAUAUUAUAUGUAUACGUCCCUCAUUACGACGAUGCCUCGGCAGACGAUUCUGUCGUCACGUACUAUGUUCAAUCGUACAGUGCAUGAUAAGAUGAUGUUUGGAACACUCUCGGCGUUUGCAAUCUCGGCGUUGAGGUUUGAAGCGAGCCAGCUGUGCCGGGGAGCGGCGACACUGCGAAUCACGCUCGGGUUUGGUUUGGGUUAUCAUUGGCAACGAGCACUUGAGACAGUCUGCACGCUGUAUGCACUAUGCAACGAAUCUUCGCAAAGUAUGUAUAUAUAUAAUCCCGUGGUGGGAGUCCACAUGGGAUCGCAAACAUAUUACAGCUGUUGAAACGAGCCG